CUUUGCGCUUCCCGUUGGGGCCGGGGAUAAAAGUAGGUCGUCGGUGCGCGCGGCGCCGGGCGCUGGGAGCCGUGGCCGCAGAAGUGUGACGAUGUCGUCCAAGUCGGCGCUGUUGCUCGGCCUCUUCGGUGUGGCCGGCACGCUGUGGUCGUUGAGUACCGCGGCGCUCCUGCUAGCCGCAGCUUACCUGGUCACGGGUGGCUGGCGCACACUGCGCCUGUUAGCGCGAACCGCGCCGCGAGAUGUGCUCGCAGCCAUCGGCUACUUGCGCCUCAACUGGUACAUGCACCGGCGCGUGGCCGAAGACACGACUGUGGCGCGCGUGUUUGCGUCGCUAGCACGCCGGCAGCCUGACAAGCCUUGCCUGGUGACGGCGCAGCGCACCUGGACGUUCGCCCAAGUGCAAGACUACUCGGAGCGCGUUGCGUGCGCGCUUGCGGCGCUGGGAUUGAGACCCGCCGACGAAGUAGCUUUGCUGACCGAGUCUCGGCCCGAGGCUGUCAUGCUCUGGUUGGGCCUGUCCAAGUUGGGUGUCGUGUCAGCUCUCAUCAACUACAAUUUGAAGCAGGCAUCGCUUGCACAUUGUAUCUCAUGCGUGCGCAGUCGUGCUGUCGUCUUUACACGCGCGCUGUUGGACCCGUUGCGCAACGCGCGGCCCCUGAUUGCAGAGAAGCUUGGCACCGAGCCGCUCUACGUCUGCCUCGACGCCGACGUGAAAGACCUGGGCGCGCCGGUGACCUGGCUGGAGCCUCUGUUGCAAGCUGCCGAGCCCAGCGCUCCACCGUACCGCGGCUGCAUGGACGACCGACUGCUGUACAUCUACACGUCCGGCACCACGGGCCUUCCCAAGGCUGCGAUCAUCAAGCAGCGGCGGUUCUUCAGCAUGGCCAGUGCUGUGCGCCACAUGAUGCCUAUGCGAGACGACGACGUUCUGUACGUGUGCCUGCCCGUGUACCACGUGGCCGCCGGCGUGCUGGCGCUGUCCCAGACGCUCCUGUUCGGCAACACGGCCGUGCUGCGGCCACGCUUUUCGGCAUCGGCCUUUUGGGAAGACUGCGCGCGCUACGGCUGUACCGUGGCUCAGUACAUCGGUGAGACGUGUCGUUACCUGCUGGCGCAGCCGCCCGGUCCGCAAGAUCGUGCGCACCGUGUUCGCCUUAUGUUCGGCAACGGGCUGCGGCCGCAGCUGUGGAGCACUUUCGCUGAGCGCUUCGGACUGGCCGACCUGCGGGAAGUGUACGGCGCCACUGAGGGCAAUGCCAACCUGGUGAAUACGGACAACCGGCCGGGGGCCGUGGGUUUCUUCCCUGUGCUGUUCAUGCUGUGGCCCGCGUUGGGCGAGCGCCUGCUGCCCAUCAAGCUGGUGCGCGUCGACGAGAUGACUGGGCUUCCGUUGCGCGACAAGUCCGGCAUCUGCCUCGCCUGCGGUCCCGGUCAGGUGGGCGAGCUCGUGGGCAAGGUCGAGCGCUCUCACAUGCAUCAGUUCGACGGCUACGUGAACAAAGAGGCCACGCAGAAGAAACUUUACCGCGACGUGUUUCGCAAGGGCGACAUGGCGUUCGCCUCGGGGGACUUGCUGGUCACCGACGAGCUGGGCUACGUCUACUUCCGCGAUCGGACGGGCGACACAUUCCGCUGGAAGGGCGAGAACGUCUCCACGGCCGAAGUGGAAGGCGUGGCGGCGCAGGUACUGGGCUUGAGCGACUGCGUAGCCUACGGCGUCUCGUUGCCGGGCACCGAGGGACGUGCCGGCAUGCUGGCCGUCCAGGACCCCGAACGCCGCACCGACCUGGACGCACUGCUUGCUGCGUUGCGGCGCCAGCUGCCCGUUUAUGCGGUGCCCCUCUUUGUGCGGCUCACGCGCGCCGUCGACACUACAUCCACGUACAAGCUGAAGAAAGGCGAGCUGCAGCGGCACGAGUACCACCUAGACCAGCUGGGCGGCGACCCGUGCUUCUUCUUGGACCAGGCCGCCGGCUGCUACGUGCCGCUCGACCGAGACCUGUAUGAGCGCCUAUGUGCCGGCGCAUGUCGCCUCUAGAGUAGUGCAUGGACUCGCCCGGAGCCGCACUCGUGGCCGCUGCUUCUGGCCGGCCGGCCGGAUCAUUCUGCCUUAACGUCUUGUACACAACGCGUAUUCUGUAGCAGAAUACGCCAUCUUUAUGUGUGUGUGUGUUGUUGUUGUUGUUUUAUUUUUUUACGCCAAAGUAUGUUUAUUGCGCGGGACCAUGCGCGAGCGAGAGAUGUUACUAAUUCUGCCUGUUGAUCGCUUAUAAAGGCAUGGACUAUGCCCCAAAAAUGCGGAGAACGUGUGAACGCAUGUGUACGCGGAUUGACCGGUACAAGAGUGCUGCGGGCUGUUGCUUUAGCCCUGUGGAGAAUUGGAUAUGGCACGAGGAAAUGCAGGCUAUUGGAAGGUCACCCUCUUCCAAAGGCCGCUAUUUUCCUUGUGCCGCUCCUUAAGCAUAUUUCCAUGCUCCUUGUGUGUGGCGUCAGUUGACAGGCCCUUAAAAUUCCGCCCGCGAAACCCGGUAGUGGCACACGUGGACUGCGCCGUCCUGCACAGUCGCGCGUUUGCAAUUCACUAACGCAGCGCUGGGUCACGUCGAGAAGGAACCGUUGACGGUUUAGUAUUUCUCGCCUUUGUGCGGUAAACGCCCGUGUAUUCCGAGCACGUAAGGAUCCCCAGCUGGUCAAAAUUAACCCGGAGCCGCCCUCCCCCUUACGAUGGCUUGUGUCAUAGUCAUAUCGUGGUUUCGGCACGAAAACUCGAGGUUUCAUCCUAAAGGCACCGAUGACGUGUGUUGUCUGUGGCAUUCAUGCACGAUGGAGCUCGUCAAGCGAUUGCCUAAGCAGCGCACGUAGCAAGUUCAAAAGCACCGCUGCAUGGCCUAGCCUAGUUUGUCAACAUUUGUCCUUGCGCAUGUCGAUCUCGUUAAGAACUCUGAAAUUGGGUAAUUGGCCCAUAUUAAGUUUCGUUUGAGAGAGCAGCUGGUCAGACGCGCGCUGUGGGCCGUGACGUAACACGGGAAGGUUGGUAGCUUGUACCCUUUAGCGUGACAAUGUUUUUUAGUGGGAGCGUUGGCCUUCCUAGGUGACGUCAUAACCAGUGUGCAGACCUUCGGUUUUUUAAGUGGUGUCGAUUGGUGCAUUUGGUGAGAGCACACUGCUGAAGGUUGUGCUUCACCUUGGAGAGCGAAGGAAUUAAAAGCAAAAAAAUGCUCUACUUUGCGUGCUCUGUACCGCAGUCUUAAAGGGACACUAAGGAGAAAAAUAAAUGCAGCUUUAUUAGUAAA